AUGGAAGGCCAGGACCCAAUUCAGCUGUGUCGUGAGUUCCUACAACAAGGCAAAUGUGUCGCCGUUAUUGAUGGAUUGUGCUCCACGAAUGAUUGGGACUUGAUAAAAGAUGCUUUCUUAGCCAAGCCUAUUAAAGGUCAUAUACUUGUUAUAACAAAUGAAGAAAGCAUUGCCAUGUACUGUGCAUAUAGCAAAAAUGAUGUGAUCAACAUUCAGGGUCUAGAAGAUGAAGCGGCCCUUAAGUUGCUCACUAAGACUUGGCGCCAAGGGGUUUUUACAAGAGUGGUCACAACUUCCAAUGAAGUACACCUUUCAAGACUCAUCAUUGCCAAGUGUGGUGGGCUACCAAAAGUAAUAACUGCCAUCGGCAAGUACAUCCUUCAUGAAACUCGUCGACGUCACUCCAUCUCCCAUGUACGUAAACACUGGAUCUUACUCCCGCCCGGCCUCCAUGAAAUUAUAAAAGGGUUAUUGGAGCAUACCUAUGAUGAAUUCAUGAGCUUGUUGGAAACCAACCCAAUGUUCCAUAGCUUAAGGGGUUUGUUUUAUUGGAUACAGUCCUACUUUCACGAUUGCCCAGAUUCACUAAAGCCAUGUAUUUUCUAUCUUUCAAUCUUUCCUUCAAGCCACGAUAUUAGGCGGAAACGUUUGUUAAGGCGGUGGAUUGCCGAGGGUUACUCUACAGAAGAGAAUGUGGAAAAAUUAUUCGCUGAUUUUGUCAAAUUGAGCAUAAUCCAGCAGCAAUCACCAAGCAGAAGGGGUGUGUGUCAAUUCAAUGGUUUCUUCCGUGAAUACAUCAUUUCACGGCCAAUGCAAGACAAUCUUGUGUUUGAACUGGAUGGUCAUUGCAGCCUCGACUCACAACGUGCUGGAAAACACCUCACCAUAAGUAUUAAUUGGGACAGGGCCAAGAUUCUAUUUGAGAGCAUGGAAUUGUCACGGUUGCGUUCACUUACCGUGUUUGGGGAGUGGAGGUCAUUCUUCAUCUCUGCCGAUGCCAAAAUGAAAAUGCUCCGGGUGCUAGAUCUAGAGGACACAUCGGGUGUAACAGACGAUGACCUCAAGCAUAUCGGGAAACUAAUGCCACAACUCAAGUUCCUCUCCCUGCGAGGAUGUAAAGAUAUAACCUGUUUGCCCAGUUCAUUGGGUUGUCUCAGACAACUACAGACCCUGGAUAUCAAAUGCACCUCCAUAGUCACACUACCACCGGCUAUCAUGAAGCUAGAGAAGCUACAGUAUGUUCGUGCUGGCACGAGAGGUUGUGGAUCAGCAACACCAAAAGACAACAAUGGAGCUGCCGUAGCUAAAACACCACCAACGGGCGGUGAUGGUGCGAGCACAAGCCAAGCACUUGCACCACCACCAACAAGCGCUGGUGGCAAAAGCACAAGGCAAUCACCACCAGCUGCAGCAGCAGAUGAUGCCCGGACAUUAUCUCCAUGGAGAAUCAGGCCACAUGGUGGCUUGGCAUUCAGCUGGGUGUCUAGGUUUUGCAGAAACGAGAUCGUUAGCGGUGCUCAUGAUGGCGUACAAUUUCCGGCUGCUGCAACAGGAGGGAUCAGGAGGUUGAAGGCCUUACACACUCUUGGUGUUCUCAAUGUUCAAGGUGCAAGUGGGAAGGUCGUUAUUAGAGAGCUGAAGAAGCUUGAACAGUUACGCAGGCUAAAAUUGUUCGGCAUCAACCGGACAAACUGGCUGGAUUUUUGUUUCGGCAUCUCUGGUCACUGCUAUCUUGAGUCCUUGUCAGUGCGACUGGUAGACUAUAAACAACAAGAUCAUCCUUUUGUUUUGGAUGACAUCUCCAAGCCACCAAAGACACUGAAGUGUCUGAAGUUGUACGGGGGCAGUGUACAGGUCUCACCAGUCUGGAUAAAGCAGCUAGAUGGUCUGACAAAGGUUGAUGGUGAAGAUCUUCAGCUGACAGUAUCAACGCAAUUGGACAUAAACAACCUUGUGAAAGUGCCAUGUCAGAAUAUGUUUCGUCGUAUUUGUAUCAAGGCGAUUCAAGAUGGCGAGCUCCGCUAUGGCGGGUAUGAAAUGUUUGAUUCAGAGCAUCCGCCUUGGCCGUUGCAUUCGGAACCAUUCAGCGCAGCCAAAGUCCUCAAGAUUGAUUGUGGCAGCUACAAGCUUCAGGUAGUUCUUGAAAAGUUUGCACCAAAGUAUAUUGAGGUGAUGGUGGUUCACUGCUCUACUACUAAUGCGUCUUUGGAGCUCUCUGGUCUAAGCAAUCUAGGCGAGCUCAAGAAAGUGUGGCUCAAGGGUACUUACAGCGAUGCAGUCAAGCAACACCUGAAGAACCAAGUUGCGAUGCAUGAGGAAAAACCUAUCUUCAAGGUGUACAACCAACAAUCUUCCGCUACCAGACCUUCCGCGUGCUGAAAUAUGUGCUUCUUCUCAUUCAAUGUUAUUGUUAAGCUUCAUGCACUAGCCACUUGAACCAAAAGUCCGAACUGAUGGAAAGGGCUAGGCAAUCUACUUUAUACAUGUCAACACCCCCUCUCACGUCUGACGGGAAGACGAGAAGACAAGUCAAUACGUGUAGAGAGACAAAGAGGCAGCAGAAGGACGGAUACACACGGCAGGAGGCUACGGGGAUUUUUUAGAAUAAAUUGUGAAAGCCAGGAUUUGAA